UGCAAGAAACCAAACGUACAUGCUGUCAAAUCAAGCUAGUGACUACAUCAGCCUGGAAGCCGUCACCGGCUGAGAGACUGCUGGCUCAUCUGCCGUUAGCUUUUGUUAAAAUUCGGUUCGGUUCGUCGAUAAUUAAACGUUUUAGGAACUGUUAUUUAUAUUCUGUCGUUUCAUCUUUGCUUUCUGCUGACAAUGGCCGAUCCUAAAUACGCAAACUUGCCAGGAAUUGCCUUUAACGAGCCAGACGUGUACGAGACCGGAGACCUUCCCGAAGAUGACCAGGCCCAGUUUGAGUCGUUUGUACAAGAGCUGGAGGAGCUCUGCAGUGACAGUGUGGAGAGGAUUGUGGUCAACCCCAAUGCAGCCUAUGACAAGUUCAAAGACAAGCAUGUCAGCACCAAGGGACUUGACUUCUCAGACAGAAUCAGUAAAAGCAGAAGAGUUGGCUACGAGUCAGGAGAAUUUGAAAUUCUUGGAGAGGGCUGUGGAGUGAAGGAGACGCCCCAGCAGAAGUACCAGCGCCUAGUAAACGAGAUCCAGGAACUCAUUCAGGAAGUGGACGCCAUCCAGGCUGCCACAAAAGAAAGCAAUGCAGAGGAGCGUCUGACCCCGGUGGUACUUGCCCAGCAUGCAGCCCAGCUUAAACAGCAGCUGGUUUCUGCCCAUCUCGACUCAUUGCUAGGCCCACAGGCGCACAUCAACUUGUCUGAUCCAGAUGGAGCACUGGCCAGGCGUCUGCUCACCCAACUGGAAGUGGCGAAGGGCGGUCGCAGCAGCGCUGCAGGAGACGGAAAGCCAGCAGCAUCCACUAAAGGCCCAGAUGGGGUGGUACUCUAUGAGCUACACAGUAGACCAGAGCUGGAAAAAUUCAAUGAGUCUGCCAAGAUGGCAGAAUUGGAGAAGCGUCUAGCUGAGCUGGAGAUAGCUGUUGGUUCAGGAUCAGACAAGCAGGGACCUCUGAGUGCCAGUGUACAAGGAGCCAGUUUGAUGGACACCAUAGAGCUCCUACAGGCGAGGGUCAGCGCUCUGGACUCUGCUACUCUGGAUCAAGUGGAGGCAAGACUGCAGAGCGUCCUUGGGAAGAUGAAUGAGAUUGCUAAAAACAAAGCAGCCAUCGAGGAUGCUGAUACACAAAACAAGGUGUCGCAGCUUCAUGACGUGGUGCAGAAGUGGGAUGCCAUGUCUACUUCUAUACCUCAGGUGGUGCAGAGGCUUGUUGCUGUCAAGGAGUUGCAUGAGCAAGCCAUGCAGUUCGGCCAGCUGCUGACCCACCUGGACACCACUCAGCAGAUGAUCAACAACUCUCUGAAGGACAAUAACAGCCUGCUAACACAGGUCCAGCAGACAAUGAAGGAAAACCUUGUUGCUAUAGAAGAAAACUUUGCUGCACUAGAUCAGAGGAUGAAGAAGCUCUCUAAAUAAACGGUGGCCUAGUCUGGGCCAGUCCAGGAGAGUGUAGAACAUGGACUAAAGAGAGCUGGUUAGAGAGCACAGAGAGAGGACUGGGGUUUAACUCUGUCCUUUCUGGCCAUCCCUCUCCUGCUCUUUACUUUGCCUCUGCCUUUCUUCACUAGGUGAGAUGUUAGAAAGUUGGAAAAGAUGGAACAUCAAGAAAAGAGACCAAAUGUUCUUCUCUGCCCUCCUUCCUUUCUCUUGCAUCGAACUGAAAACAUAUUUCCCCUCUGUAUAACAUGCCACCGAUCGCAGCCCCCCUGUUGAACCUAUCGAGUUUUAGACUGAAUUGUUUUUAUGAUUAGGAUUAAACAUAAGAAAUUCUCCUUUUGAAUCUUCACACUACUGCUGGAUUUGUACUGUAUCGUUUGGUCAAAUUAAACAGAUCACAGCAUCGUUGGGUUGAUAUGACACAUCACUGCUGUUGUCAAUGGUAUAAAAGAUCAAAAUCAAGAUGUUGUCACCUGGUUGUUGUAGCAGGAGCACGUCUGUGUGAGUAUCAGGGCCAAGUCACAGAAGGAAAGCUUGUAAAUUUGCCUGUAUACCCAAUUCUUUCUUCAAGCUCAGUCACUUGUAACUAUAUUAUUAGGACUGACUCCAGAUGUCACAGAUAAACUUUUAAUCUGCUUUGUCAUUGCCUACAAGUCCACUGUGUUGUUCAUCUGUGAUCAUAGAAACUGAUCAAUAAAAAAAUGUGCUAGGCCUGA